UUCACACAUACUUCACAUUUUCACACACAAAAACACACACCCACUCUCUGUACUACUUUGAGACACUACUUCACUUCAACCAUGAAAAUCAAACCAAACAAAAUCCUAGAUUAAAAAUGGUUCGAAACGGGGGUGUUGAGAGUCCGUCUCCACGACCACGAAUCCAUCAAACACAUCCACACGACACGCCUGUGUUUCAAUCAACUGUCUCCCAACGCAACCUUCGACGUUUCAAUUACAUCAUUCUCACAUUCCGUCUACUCGCCUUUUGCUUUUCGCUCUCUGCCGCGGUGUUUAUGCUUACCACCAACUCUGCCUCGCCUUCUGAUUCGCCUAGAUGGUACCACUUUGGUGCCUUUAGAUUUGUUUUUGCUGCAAAUGGAAUUGUUGGGUUGUAUUCUUUUUUCGAAAUUGGAGCUUCUGUUUGGGAAAUUUACAGUGGUUUUACUGUUUUUACCGAGUUUUCUCAAGUGUGGUUUGAUUUUGGCCACGAUCAGGUUCUUGCCUACUUGUUGUUAUCUGCCGGAUCUGCAGGGACCGAGUUAGCCAGGCAACUGAAAGCUGUCACCACAUGUACGGCCAAUAAUGCAUUUUGCAUUCAAUCAGACGUCGCACUGGCAUUGGGAUAUGCAGGGUUUUUAUGUAUGUUAAUAUCGUCUUUGCUUUCUGGAUUUAGAGUAGUUUGUUUCAUAAUCAAAGGCUCUCGUUUUGUUCACUAGUAUUAGUAGUAGUAUGAGGACUUAAACAGGUGAUUGCUGACUGUAGGUAGACUUAUUGUGUGUAGUACUGGUAGUAUGACAUGAUUUGGUAUGGUGUAGGUUGCCAAAUUUGUUCUUUAAUCGUGCCGAGUGUUGUUAUAAUAGAUGAUUCUAUUUGUCUCUUGA